CUGGCUGAGAGACUCAUCAUAUAUUCGAAUUAAAUAAUGAUUUUCUACAAAUAAUUUAUUUCACAUUAUAAUCCCUAAAAUCUGGAAAAAAGAAAAGAAAAAAAAAGCUUGCUUGGUUUUGGAAUCUGGAUUGAAAAUCACAGGAAAGUAGAAAGAAAUCAAUGAUUCUUUUGCAGUCCCAUUCAAGAUUUCUCCUUCAGACCUUGCUCAAUCGUCUCCACAAUCUUGAAAAAGGAGUUGAGUUGGACUACCAUUGGGUUGAGUUUGAUGACGUCCGUUACCAUAUGCAGGUGACAAUGAAGAAUCCAUACCAUGUUUUGCUAUCGGUAUCAUUACCCACACCACCUCCGGAAACCGCUUUCUAUGGUGGACUUCCCUUUGGCGCUAUAGAAGCCAUAAAAUCUGCAUAUACUGGAUUUGUACAAAUUCUUGAUCCGCCAAGGGAUGGCUUUAAUCUGACUUUGAAGCUGAAUCUUGCAAAGCUCCCUCCACAUGAAGAGUACAAACAUGCUAUUUUGGUAAAAAUUGCAUCUGUGAGGGAAGUGGUACUUGGUGCUCCAUUGAGAGCAAUUCUGAAAACACUUGGGUCAAGGACUGUUGCUUCCAAUAUUGAUCGGCUUGUUGCCCUUUUGCAUCGACCAAAGGAGUCUUUUUUUCUUGUUCCUCAGGCAGAAAAAACGACAGUGGUGUUUCCUAUGAGAUUUAAGGACUCGAUAGACAUUGUUCUUGCCACUUCUUUCCUUCAGGAAUUUGUGGAAGCAAGGCGGACAGCAGGGCUCAAUAAUGCCCCACUUUGCUUGUGGUCACCUACUCCUCCUUUAGAACUGAAAGGAGCUCCUGCUGAAGCAUUAUCUGCAAACGCAGGUUUUGUAACUAUUGUUAUUUUUCCUCGUCAUGUUGAAGGCAGAAAACUGGAACGUACUGUUUGGAGUUUGUCAACAUUUCAUGCAUAUGUUAGUUAUCAUGUCAAGUGCUCAGAGGGUUUCAUGCAUACAAGGAUGCGACGCCGGGUGGAAUCUUUGAUUCAGGCUUUGGAUCGUGCCAAGCCAGUUACAGAGAAAUCGAAGAAAACGGGACAUAGCACAUCCUUCAAGCGACUGAGUCUGAAGGACGGACGGAGUAAGCCAAAGUAGCCAAGGUGGAUUACCGGAAAGUAAAUAGGAUGUGCUCCUGCUGUUCUUCAGAAAGACGGGUUGUCCAAGAAAUCCCUUGCUUGUGUAGAGAAGAUUGAUGCAGGUUCAUGUAGUUUAUUCUUUGUAGAAGAUAAGCGAGAAACAUUUUGUUUAGUUGUGAACAUGUACGAUUAGUGUUAUGGUGUUUCCGUUUGAACUCAAAGUGUUAUUAUUGUUACUAUUAUUAUUAU